AUGACUUCUUUCGAUCUCACGUCUUACAAAGCCCUAUCUUUUGAUAUAUAUGCAACGCUCAUUGAUUGGGAGACGGGCAUCCUUGCACAGCUUCUACCAUUACUCAGUAGACUUUCGAAGGGGCAUUCACUAUGGAACAAAAGCCUGGACGAUAUCUCGGAUUACCUGCUCAUCAGAUACACAAAUCACGAACAUAGACUGGAAAUUCAACACCCAAGUGAGAAAUACUCAAAGCUGUUGAGCAUGGUGUACGAAAGUGUCGCUGCGGAUAUGGGAAUAGCUGUAACUCCCAGCGAAUCAGAGGCAUUUGGUGGCGCCAUAGGGAAAUGGCCGGCAUUUGAGGAUACCGUGGCCGCCAUGCAGAGACUAGGAAAAUACUACAAACUCAUCGCGUUGAGCAAUGUGGACAAGGUGUCAUUUGGAAAUACCUUGCGUGGUCCGCUUAAUGGCGUCAAGUUCGAUGCAAUUUAUGUUGCAGAAGACAUUGGCACGUACAAACCAAACCCAAACAACUUUAAUUACCUUAUCGAACAUAGCCUACCGUUUGAUCAUAUCCCUGUUGCAUCAAUGGGCUUUCGGCCCGCCGUUUGGAUAUCUCGCGGAGGUGGAAGAAUGGGAAUGGGGGAUCUCGAAGCGGUGAAGGAUAAGGUUAAUAUUGGAGCGACGUAUCAUACGCUAGGAGACAUGGCUGUAGCUGUAGAAGCAGCCUUUGGAAAAACUGAAUAA